AUGUGGAACGGCCAGUCAACACCCCGCGACAAGAACCUCACGUUCUUCAGACAGGCAGCACAUAACAUCAGCUUCGCAUUGGGCCAGGCCGGUACCUUCACGGCAUACAUCCCGCCCUUCAAGAUUCCGACCGAGGUCAAGCUACGGAACGGUCUCACACGCGAACUCACAGAGCUGCUGAAGGAGCUUACCGUCAACACUGCCCUCUCGAUCUCGGACUCGUUCCCCAAGCCCACAGACUGAGUGCUAAUCGACAUCACCGCCGGCCGGGAGCGGCGCUUGACAUCCAUGACGCGAGUGCAGGACUGCAUAACCGCGGGGUCGACGUGUCUCCUGCUUUCAACGGUUGGAGCGGCGGAGUUCAGUGAUGGCGAGAAAUCUAUGAAUGGCGAUGAUCCUGCGGAGACGGUCAGGAGGUGGAUGGAGAAGGUGCCACAGUCGCAGGUAGCAGCGGGCGACGGGCUGUUUACUCCUGGUGGUAGUGAUGAUGGAGUCGCGAGUUGGAUGGCAGCUGCCAGGGUGCGAGGAUGCGCAGAGAAUAUACGUGUGUGUGAUAUCUACGAGACUACGUGUGUUCCGCUAUAAUACCAGCGCCU